ACAACAACAAAUUAACAAAGUCAGAGCCACCUCACCUCACCAUCAUUUUCUCUCUCUUCAUUUCCUUUCAUUUCAUUUGCCAACUCUUUUUGAACUUCCCAACUCUCUUUCUUUCCCCUUUUUUGUUUUCUCGACAUUUUUCUUGACCGCCGUUUUUUCCCCCUGAAAACCACCGUAUACGACGGCGCUGGCAAUUUCACAAACCCUAAUUCCCAAUUUAUUUCUCCAAUCGUACAUUCUCUCUCCUCUUUGUGAGCUGCAAUUACAGCUUCAUCUUGGAAAGGAGCUCAAAUUUUUACUCUUUUUUUGCUUAGUUUUCCUUAAUUAAUUUAAGCAUCGUUGAAGGUCAAAAUCGGUGGUUGAAGAUCUAUUUUUUUCUGAAGCAGGUGUAAUGGAGGUCUCGUUGUGGAGGGCUCUUCUUCACAAUAUAUCAUCUUUUCUAUGUUUAUCAUCACGUGAGGGUUUUGACUCUGAACCAGUUCGAAAAAGUUGCCAAAAGAUGGAAGAAAUAUUGAAGCUGUUAAAGCCAAUACUUGAUGCAAUUAUGGACACUGAAGUAGCUUCUGAUGAGGUCUUCAGCAAGGCGCUGGACGAACUUGGGGAGUCUAUUGACGAGUCUCGAGAUCUCUUUGAGAGCUGGCAUCUAUUGGCAAGCAGAGUUGAUCUCGUACUCCAAGCUGAAUUGUUGACAGCUAGGAUGCGGAACUGUGUUUUGGAAUUAUUUUGGGUGCUGAAAGAUUCAUGUCAGUCUCUCCCUGCGGAGUUGAGCUCAUCUUCUCUUGAGCACUGCAUUCAAAAGGUCAAAAACAUAGGAUAUGAUACUACAUCUGCAAUUAUCAGUGAUGCUCUGAAGGAUCAAGCAGACGGCCAUGGGCCGAGCCCGGAGCGGCUCAUAAAAAUUGCUGAUUGUCUGGGCUUAAGAUCCAAUCAGGAAAUUCUCAUUGAGGCCGUGGCUCUUGAAAAAUUGAAGGAGAAUGCUGAACAGGCUGAAAAGAAUGCAGAGGUGGAUUAUUUUGAACAGUUGAUUUCUCUUGUCACACGCAUGCAUGACCGCCUUGUUACGUUGAAACAGUCCCAGAGCUGUACACCUGUUCCUUUACCUGCUGAUUUUUGCUGUCCUCUUUCCCUUGAACUUAUGACAGACCCUGUCAUUGUAUCCUCAGGCCAAACAUAUGAACGUGCUUUCAUCAGGAAAUGGCUUGAUCUUGGUCUUACUGUAUGUCCAAAGACAAGGCAGUCAUUACUUCACACCAACCUGAUACCUAAUUAUACUGUAAAAGCUCUCAUUGCGAACUGGUGUGAGAUUUACAAAGUGAAGCUUCCAGACCCUAUGAAGUCUAUCAAUGAAGAUCAACAGUUGGCCCUACUUUCCCAGAGUGAUUCUGGUUCUUUAAGAGAUCCUCACAUAAGGUCCCUUUCUAGAGGUAACCAGCCUGCGUCACCUGAGCCAAUACGCUCUGCAGCUUUUGAUGGCAAGAACUCCGGUUAUUCAAGUGACCUUCACCGAGAAGGGGCCUCCCCCUCCCCGUUACAUCCUCGUUCUUCCUCAGAUAGCUCUAUGUUUCGCACGGUGGAGAAAGAGCAUGGAUUGGAUAUUGGAAGAGCAUCUCUUGAAGACAGAUUGAGCAAUUCAGAGAGAAAAAGUGUGGAUUCAAAUGGCCAGCACCUUGUGUCGCCUGCGCGUAGGGAAUAUGCUAAUGCUGUCAGCUCUCAUGAACAACCAUCUGAAAGGGAUGAUGGGAUGUCCUCAGAUGGCAACAGGGUUUCGGAGAUGAAUUUAGCUCAACGAUUAUCUGGAGAUGCUAAUCAGAUUUCUCAGAGUUCAGGUGUUGAUAGCCGUGAUGCUUCUGGCGAACUGUCUGAGGAACAACAUGUCGCUGCCCCUGAGAGCACUUCCCAUAGGGAACCUGAUCUUCCAUCUAGACAAAUGGGUUCAAGAUCCCGUAGUCAAAAUAUCUGGCGCCGACCAUCAGAUAGGCUUAUGCCCCGGAUGAUAUCUUCACCGACUACAGAAACAAGACCUGAUCUCUCAGAGACUGAAGCCGAAGUCAAGAAGUUGGUCGAGGACUUGAAAAGUGAUUCAAUAGAGACUCAAAGAGAAGCAACAUGUCAACUGCGACUACUUGCAAAACACAACAUGGAUAAUCGAAUCGUGAUUGCGAAUUGUGGGGCCAUAAAAUUGUUGGUCGAUCUGCUUCAAUCGACAGACCUAAAGACGCAGGAAAAUGCUGUGACUGCUCUUCUUAACUUAUCAAUAAAUGACAACAAUAAAAUGGCUAUCGGGAAUGCGGAUGCAAUAGAACCCUUAAUCUAUGUCCUUCAAACAGGCACUCCAGAGGCUCGGGAGAACUCGGCUGCCACACUUUUUAGCUUGUCAGUAAUAGAGGAAAAUAAGUCCAAAAUAGGCAGGUCUGGGGCUAUUGGUCCAUUGGUUGAUUUGUUAGGAAAUGGGACUCCUCGAGGAAAGAAAGAUGCUGCCACUGCUUUGUUUAAUUUAUCUAUAUAUCAUGACAACAAGGCUAGAAUUGUGCAAGCCGGUGCUGUGAGGCAUCUAGUUGAGUUAAUGGACCCAGCUGCAGGUAUGGUAGAUAAGGCUGUGGCUGUUUUGGCAAAUCUUGCUACUAUUCCUGAGGGGAGGACUGCCAUUGGUUCGGCAAGAGGAAUUCCUGUUCUCGUUGAGGUUGUUGAGUUGGGUUCUGCAAGAGGGAAAGAAAAUGCAGCUGCUGCGCUUCUACAGCUCUGCACUUUCAGCUCCAGAUUUUGCAAUAUGGUGCUUCAGGAAGGAGCUGUACCGCCAUUGGUGUCUCUGUCACAAUCCGGGACUCCCAGGGCCAGAGAGAAGGCUCAAAGUCUUUUAAGCUACUUUCGAAGCCAACGUCAUACAAAUUCUAGGGGGGGCUAAGCCGGCAACCAAAACUUUUGAAGGUGUAUAAUUGUUUGUAAGUUCUAUUACAAAUGUAAAUUGACAUGCAAAUAAUGCUUAUGAAAGUUUAGCACGACGUAUUGGCAUUUUUUGCUGUUGAGUGUAAGUGAGAUGAUCAUUAAUGCUAUGUAAAUUUUUUCUUUCCUAUUCUGUAUUCCAUGAUUGAGCAGUAUAAUGACAGAGGAAUGGCUAAUUUGCCAGCCCUUUAUUACGAUUUUUCAUACUUUCUUUUACGUAUCUCAAAAUUUA